GCGACGUGACGGGCUGCUUCGAGGCGGGAGAGUGCGACGUCUGUGUCCUCGAGGAGCCCGAGCACCUCAACUGGUACCACUCGGGCGCCAACUGGCGGCACCGCUUCAAGCUGGUGAUUGGAGUGGUGCACACAAACUACCUCUACUACGCGAGGAUGUACGCCGGCGCAGCCACCGCCGCCGUGCUCAAGCGGCUCAACGAGUGGAUGUGCGGAGCGUACUGCGACCGGGUCAUCAAGCUGUCUGGCACGAUCCAGCCCCUUCCGCGCGCGGUGGUUUGCAACGUGCAUGGCGUGCGGUCCGAGUUCCUCGAGAUUGGACGCCGCGCUGCGAGGUCGCACUUCCCGCCGCGCCGCGCCGGCGCCUACUUCCUGGGAAAGGUGCUGUGGGCAAAGGGGCACCGGCUGCUGAUCGACUACCUCGCGCUGCAGCAGUCUCUCGGCCAGCCGCCGACGCACGUCGACGUGUACGGGGGCGGCGAGGACUUGGCCGAGGUGGAG